AUGCCUGCACACCCUCCAGAUUUCACUCCUCAAAGGUCGUCUAGUCCACGCAUGGUGGAUAGGACAUAUCCUACAUCAUUUCCUGCGCCAAAUCCUAACACAACCACCCAACAAGCAGCCCAUGAGAGCAAUCCUAUAUCUACCCCAAUUAUGGAAGGUGGUAAGAAAAUUUUAGAAGAGCAAGGUAGUAGAAGAAGACUGGAAUUUCUAAAAGAAAGACUGCGUGUCAUUGAAGGUGCAGACAUGUACGGGAGUGUCGACACAACACAACUAUGUUUGAUAUCAGAUGUGGUGAUCCCUUCCAAAUUCAAGACUCCAGAUUUUGAGAAAUACAAUGGAACCACAUGUCCAAAAAGUCACCUAGUUAUGUAUUGUCGGAAAAUGUCAGCUUAUGCUCAUAAUGAUAAAUUGUUGAUUCAUUACUUCCAAGACAGCUUAGUCGGCCCGACUUCUGGCUGGUACAUGCAAUUCGAUGGUUCACAAGUGCAUAGGUGGAAGGAUCUUGCUGAUUCUUUUUUAAAACAAUAUAAGUACAACAUUGAUAUGGUGCCCGAUCGUCUGGAUCUUCAGAGAAUGGAAAAAAAGAAUGUUGAAACUUUUAAGGAAUAUGCACAGCGAUGGAGAGAGUUAGCUGCACAAGUGCAACCUCCCCUAACCGACAAAGAAUUGACGGUAAUGUUCAUAAACACUCUUCGGGUCCCAUACUAUGAUAGAGUGGUUGGAAGUGCUUCAACUAAUUUCUCAGACGUCAUAACCAUUGGGGAGAGGAUUGAAUUUGGAGUGAAGAAUGGAAGGAUUUCUGAUCCCGCUUCAGAGACAAGAAGAAUGAUGACCCCAAAGAAAACAGAAGGAGAAGUACGCGAGUUGAGUUCGACUCAAAGAGUAGCAACACGUGUAUCCUCACCAAUGGUGGGGCAGACAAAUUUCUCUCCUGGUUAUCAGAAUGGAGGUCAAAGCCCAUUUGGUCAGUCGACUCAGAGAAACAUAAGGAACAAUUGGAAGCAAACCCGUUUUGAUCCUAUACCUAUGUCGUACACAGAACUUUUGCCUCAACUUUUAAAGAGCCAUCAAGUGGCUAUUGUACCACAAGAGCCUCUGCAACCACCAUAUCCUAAGUGGUAUGACCCCAACGCAAAAUGUGAAUAUCAUGCUGGGGCAGUUGGGCAUUCUAUGGAGAACUUUUUUCCUUUGAAAGCUAAAGUACAAAGUCUAGUUAAAGCCGGCUGGUUGAAAUUCAAGAAGACAGGGGAAGAGCCUGAUGUCAACCAGAACCCUUUACCAAAUCAUGAGGGUCCUGCCAUAAAUGCGAUUGACACGUUCACGCAAAGACAUAAGAAUAGAGUGAGCGACGUAACUGCUUCAAUGAAACCGUUUUUCUAA